UUGCAGGCUGGCCCGCGGAAAUCUGUCAAAGACAAGCUGCGCGCACUUUUGUAGACGUUUCUAACUUGACUCAGUGUAGUAGUUAAUAUUUGUCAUUUAAAAAAAAUAUAUAUAUAUAAUUGUGUCUUCUACAAACGUGCGCUAUAACGGGUAGUUAAAACAGCAGCCAGUAUGAGUAUAUUGGAGGUGAGGUUUGUGGGUGACGCAGAUGCACUGGAACACAUGGUGGACAAACAACAAGAUGUGCAGGGCAGCAGUAUGCAGAGGCUGGUGACUCAGAGGAGUGAAGCGGAGAGGAGCGGUAGAGAGGAUGAGGCAGGCCUUAGUGAGCAGCACUAUGUCCAGGUCCUCGGAACAGACGAGGGGGAGGAGUGUGUAGGAGGAGGAGGGGCAUCAGUGUUCACCUUUCAGACGGUCAAACGCUCCAACAGGAUGGCCCAGAUUGAUGUGAGUGAGAACAGGACUCCUCAGAAGGGCAGGAAGGUGCAGUUUGUUUCCACAACGCCCCACAGACUCAGGAAGAGACUCUCAGCUCCCAGCCUGAGAUCCGACAGCGACAGCGAGCUCUCUCCCUCGGACUCUGGAGAGGAGGAGGAGGAGGAGGAGGAGGAUGAUGAAGAUGAUAAGGGGAAGAGAGAGGAGGACAGAGUGAAUCAGUCCAGCACACCCAGUAAGCCUUCAGCCACAGCUCUCUAUAAGACACCUGCUAAGAAGAGCAAGACUGCCCCAGAUCCACCCUGCCAGGUUAAUCACCCAGAACCACCCUGCCAGGCCAGUCUGGUCGAGGAAUACUUUGAGGCUCACGGCAGUUCUAAAUUCCUGACAUCAGACCGGACCCUGCAGCGCCUACACACACCUAAACUAGACCGGGAGACAUUGUUCCGUCUGUUAGAAGGGAAACCGGCGUGUUAUUCUUCAGAGAUUGAGAAGCUCCACUCCAGUCAUCAUGAACACUUCAACAAGUGGAUGCUGCAGCUACAGCUGGGUUACAGUGUGUUGCUGUACGGGCUGGGCAGUAAGAAGGCCUUACUCGAGGAGUUCCGAGUGUCUCUGCUCUGUCAGGAGAUACACCUGGUUGUCAACGGAUUCUUCCCUUCCAUCUCUCUCAAAUCAAUCCUGACUGCUCUGUCUGCAGAGAUUCUAGAACACCAAGGAACGUUCCGGAACCCUGCUGACCAACUACAGUACAUCACCACCACCCUCAGAGAACAGCCGGACCUCCAUGUGUACCUGUUGAUCCACAACAUUGACGGUCCCAUGCUCCGUGGAGGGAAGACCCAGAAUGCACUGGGCCAACUGGCCUCACUACCCAACCUGCACCUUGUCGCCUCCAUCGACCACAUCAACGCACCGCUCGUGUGGGACCAGUGUAAACUGAGUCAGUUUAACUGGUUGUGGUGGGAGUGCGUGUGUUUCCAGCGUUAUGUGGAGGAGACGUCCUAUGAGAACUCUCUACUAGUUCAACAGACUGGAGCCCUCGCCCUCUCCUCCCUGACACACGUCCUGCGCAGCCUUACGGCUAACGCCAGGGGCAUCUUUAAACUGCUGGUGGAGUUUCAACUGGAGAACAAAGACAACCCUUCAUACACAGGCUUGUCAUUCCAGGACUUCUACCAGCGUUGUCGAGAAGCCUUCCUGGUGAACUCUGACCUCACCCUGCGUACCCAGCUCACAGAGUUCAGAGACCACAAACUCAUCCGCACACGCAAGGGUGCUGAUGGAGUGGAGUACCUGCUGGUUGCUGUGGAGACCAGCACGCUGACUGACUUCCUGGAGAAAGAAGUAGAGUGAGGAGAACUGGGCCUUACUGGGUCAGACAACUGGGCGGUAUUGAUAACAGGUCUCGUAGGGUCAGAUAACUGGGCGGUAUUGAUAACAGGUCUCGUAGGGUCAGAUAACUGGGCGGUAUUGAUAACUGGUC